UCAAACAAUAAUCAGUGAGGUUAAGUUGUGAGAAAUAUGAGGGACAUUGUGAACACAUUGUUGGGGGCGCUGUGUACAUGCAUGCAGAGCCCCACCGUCCAAGAAGAGCUUGGUUACAUUUUUACAAGCACAAGCAAAUUGUUGGAUAAUGUGGAGAAUGAAUUGGAAGAUCUGAAAGCCAAGGAGAAUGAUGUCCUGGACAGUCAAGAGGAGGCCAAUAGGACUGGAAAGCAACUCACACACCAAGCUCAACGAUGGCUUGACAAGUUACUUAUUUUCUCAUCAAUCUCACUCACAAAUAGACACACCACAGUGAGAAAUAUAAUAUGAUGAAUCAAAUGAAGGAUGACUACAACAAUAGAGGUUGUCUUGUUGGAAGUUGUUCUCUCAAUUGUUGGGCCAAGUACAAGAUUAACCAUAGAUCAAUCAAAUUACUCAAAGAGAUCAAGAACUUGAAGACGGAACAUGAUGCUUUCAAAGAAAAAAACAAAGGCACAACCUCCAAAAGCAGUCAGGGAGAUCCCAACUUCAUCAAUUGUUGUGGGAAAAAUUAUCAAGUUAAAUCUUGAGAAAGUUCGUGGCUACUUGGCAGAUGACAAUGUAUCAAUGGUGGGGAUUUGGGGCAUGGGAGGGGUCGGAAAGACAACUCUCUUGAACGAAAUUAAUAACUCAUUACAAGGUGGUGAUGCCAACAUGGGGUUCAAGCAUGUUAUUUCUCUGGUGGUUUCAAAAGGACCUCAAUUUGAGCAGCUUCAAAAGGAGAUAUCUAAAAGGUUGGGAUUGCCCCCUAACUCUGCGAAGAGUGACAUAUUUGAGUUUUUGAAGAACAAGGACUUUUUGAUACUCUUAGAUGAUAUGUGGAAGGCAGUGGACCUUCCUGAAGCCCUUGGUAUUCCACUUCCUCACUAUCAAAGCCAAAGUUGGAAAGAUAGAGGUCAAAGGUGCAAGCACAAGGUGAUCUUCACAACCAGAGAAGAUGAUGUGUGUGCUCAUAUGAAAGCUGACAAAGGGAUCAAAGUUGAAUGUUUGGAUGGGGAAGAAGCAUGGCAUCUUUUCAAGCAGCACGCAAAUGAAGAAAUCAUAAAUUCCAAUGCCAGUAUUAAAAAACUUGCAAUGAAAGUUAUGGAGAAGUGCUUAGUCUUACCACUCGCCCUUAAAGUUAUUGGUGGAGCCAUGUCUAAUAAGAAGAAACCCGAAGAGUGGCAUGACAUGCUCAGGUCAUUAGUUAAGUUGGACAUUAAGACUGUCACUGGUAUUGAAGAAUCAUUGUUCUGCACUUUGAAGAGUAGUUAUGAUAAUUUGGCCGAUGAUACUCUACGACAAUGUUUCUUGUGUUGUGCUCAAUGGCCUGAAGAUUCAUCCAUUCGAACUGUUGAUCUCAUAGAGUAUUGGAUUGGAAUUGGAUUGAUCGAUGACUUUAAAAACAUUGGAGAAUCUUUUGACAAGGGAUAUAAUCUCAUUGGAAACUUAAAUGCAACAUGUUUGUUGGAAUUGGAGUCUAGAUUUCAUUAUGAUUAUGUCAAAUUACAUGAUGUGAUUCGCGAUAUGGCACUGUGGAUUGUCUGAGUGUGGCAAGAAAAAGAACAAAUGGAUUACA